GGGCGGGAGAGCUAGAAGGAGCGGGGCUGGCCAUUUUCCCCUUUACUUUAACUGGAAUGGAGGGGGAGGAUAACGAAAAGAUCACCUUGGAAGUGGGUGUUGUAGAUAAAACAGGAAAGCUCCUAAAAAACCUUUGGGGCUCUUAACAUUUAGAGCUUACCCAGAGAAGAAGCCAGCAAAGGAGACUUCACACAGACAAGACCUUAGGGAUAAAAGGAGGAGACCCCCUUAAUGGCCUGGGAUGAUGGACCCACCCUCAUAAUCAGCAAGACUCAUCCACCCACUUGCCAGCUUCUACCAUAAGAUCUGCUCAAAUCUCUUCCCUCCCUUCCUCUCCCACCCUUCAGUGCUUUUGGAUUUGUUCACAGCCUCACAGAAACAUGCAAAGCAUUUCAAUCCAGUGGACAAACCAGAACUGGCCUUAAAAGAACUUAAGAGUGAGGAUUUUGCUGGACUCGGUGGCUCAACCUGUAAUCCUGCGCCUUGGGAGGCUGAGAUGACAAUAGCAACACGACAAGAAGUUCUUGGCCUCUACCGCAGCAUUUUCAGGCUUGCGAGGAAAUGGCAGGCCGUAUCAGGGCAGAUGGAAGACACCAUCAAAGAAAAACAGUACAUACUAAAUGAAGCCAGAACGCUGUUCCAGAAAAACAAAAAUCUCACAGACACAGACCUAAUUAAACAGUGUAUAGAUGAAUGCACAGCCAGGAUUGAAAUUGGACUGCAUUACCAGAUUCCUUACCCAAGGCCAAUUCAUCUGCCUCCAAUGGGCCUCACGUCAAUACGAGGCCGGGGACUUCGAAGCCAGGAGAAACUGAGGAAACUUUCUAAACCAGUAUAUCUCAGAUCUCAUGAUGAUGUUUCCUAAUCCAGAAGAAAAAUGUAUUCCUGGAAUGAUGGGCCAACUAGGUCUUGAAUGUAAACCAGAUGGCAAAACACUUCUUGGUUAGGAGCAAAUGUUCAAAUAUCUUUUUAAAACCUCCCAAACUGAUUCUUACCCCAUGAUGUGUGCUUACAUAUUCCUAGAGUUUGUCAGGGUCUUGCUGCCUGAAUGGAUGGCAUUAACCCUAGAAGUCCUGGGCCUUUCUAUCCUCACUAAAGUCAUCUGUGGAAACAAGAUUAAGGUUUGUGGGAGAAAGGCUGAAGGAUGAAGAAGCUUUCCAUGAGGCUGCCAUUAACUGCAUGUGCCAGCUGUUGCAAAGAAUUUAGCCAGUUGCUGGAAUUUCAUGACUACUGUAAAACCAUGUACCACUCUCAGGAUAUUUUUAGGCUUUUUUUUCCAUAAUAGACGUAUGCUUAAGUUAGUGGGGGUUUUUUGCAUAUGCUUUUUUUGUUGUCUUUUGACCUUUUCAAUUUCCAGGUAAACUCCGCUUAAAAAGUACAUCAUUGGAUUGACCAUGGUUUUCAUGGAAAUUUUACAUGAGCCUCAUUUCUGUCUUAGUUAAAUGCACACUCUUUUUUUUUUUUUUUGAGUUGG